GUGGAACCAUAAAAAAAAAAAUCUAGGCCCGCCAAGAAAGUGGUUUGCAACGGUCCUUACAUUGAAAUGGCUAUAACCACCGCCGGAGAAGUAAUGCCCGCAGCGCUGCUGAACGACGUCGUUCCUGGCUAUGUCGACUACAACGGCCGCCCAUCCAUCCGCUCCAAAUCCGGUUUAUGGAAAUCUGCUUCUUUCAUCGCAGUGAUUUUGUGUUACCAGGUGCUGGAACGGCGGAGAGGUUUUGUUACUAUGGAAUUAGCUCGAAUUUGGUGAGUUAUUUAACCGGCGAAUUAGGCCAAUCCACGGCGGCUGCCGCCGCGAACUUGAAUGCAUGGAACGGCACGGCGGCGCUCUCGCCAAUUCUCGGCGCCCUUCUGGCGGACUCGCUUUUGGGCCGGUUCAGAAUGAUUGUUUUCUCAUCUAUGCUUUAUAUAUUGGGACUGUGCUUGUUGACACUAUCUUCUGCAAUAAUUUCACUGAGCUCCACAAGUUGCAAAAAUAAUGAAAACAACAACGACACAUCAUCAUGCUACCCAUCUGAGAUUCAGACAAUUUUCUUCUUCUGUUGCUGGUAUGUUGUUGCAUUUGCUCAAGGUGGGCACAAGCCGUGCCUACAAGCAUUUGGCACAGACCAGUUUGAUGUGCGAGACGAUGAGGAAAACGCGGCCAAGAGCUCCUUCUUUAACUGGUGGUUCAUUACCACAUGUCUAGGCGGAGUCUUGGCCCUCUCCGUCGUCACUUACAUUCAAGACAAUCUGAGUUGGGUGAUUGGAUUCGGAAUCCCUACCGUCGCUAUGCUCUUCUCCUUGCUUCUCUUCUGCAUCGGCUCACUGCGUUACCGAUUCAGCACUGAGAGGAAGAGGAAGAACCAGAGGCAUCCGUUUCUCAGAAUGUUUCGCGUUUUUGUGCAAAAACGCAAACCUUCUCAUCUCGAGGUGCUGCUUCCAGUGUCAGAAGAAGAUCCUGAGGAAGUGAAAGCAAUAAUGGUGAGGCUUGUCCCCAUAUGGUGCACAAGUCUGGGCUAUGCCAUUGUGUAUGCGCAACCUUUGACUCUCUUCACAAAGCAAGCCGCCACCAUGGACCGUCGCAUCGGCCCCAGCUUCGAGAUCCCCGCCGCCUCCUUCAUCAUCUGCAUCGCCCUCUCAGACAUGCUCUUCGUCUCCAUCUACGACCGCGUCUUCGUCCCCAUCGCCAGCUCCAUCACCAAGAAGCCCUCGGGCAUAUCAAUCUUUCAGAGGAUCGGAGUUGGGCAACUACUGUCCCUGCUUUCCAUAGUGUUCGCGGCAGUCGUUGAGACAAGACGCCUCAGGACUGCCCGCGAACACGGCCUAGUGGACAGGCCUGACGCCAUGAUCCCGAUGAGCGUGUGGUGGCUGGCCCCACAAUACAUGCUCUUCGGGAUCUCUGACGUCUUCGGCAUGAUUGGCCUGCAGGAAUUUUUCUACGACCAAGCCCCCAGUGAGCUCAAGAGCACGGGGCUUGCCCUCUAUCUCAGCAUAAUCGGCGUCGGAAACCUCGCCAGUGGCUUCUUGGUAUCCGUCAUCCAGAAUGCAACCAGCGGAGACGGCGCUGGCGGCUGGUUUUCCGACAACUUGAACCGCGCGCAUCUCGAUUACUUUUAUUGGCUGCUGGCGGGGAUUAGUGCAGUCUCUCUUGUUGGUUAUGUUUACUUUGCCAAAUGCAUCAAGGAUGCUAAUCAAUAGGUCGCUUAAUUAAGUUUAGUAAUGAUUUAAUUUCGUCUUGUCAUAUUUAAUUUCUUA